UUAUUUCCAUCCAUGCUAGCUCUUUGCCUAUAUAAACCAACAAGCUCAGAUCAUAUCAUUCAUUGACUUGAACUCAAAAGCAUAUUACAUUAAUUACAUCCAUCAUAAUCACGUUUCAUCAAUAUUUCUUGUACUACCUUGAAUUCAUAAAGAGUGAGUAGAAAGGUGUUAUGGAGAUUAUUGCAAUUUUAGUUUAUAUCUUCCUCUUUCUCUCAACUUUGCUUUUGUAUUCAUUCAUUAAGAAACACAGACCCACACCCAAGCCUAAGCUUCCUCCAGGUUCAAUGGGCUGGCCUUAUAUAGGAGAAACUCUUCAACUCUAUUCCCAACACCCAAACAUCUUCUUUGCUUCUAAACAAAAAAGAUAUGGAGAAAUAUUUAAAACACAUAUACUUGGGUGCCCAUGCGUGAUGUUAGCAAGUCCAGAGGCUGCAAGAUUUGUGUUGGUGACUCAUUCUCAGUUGUUUAAGCCUACAUAUCCCAAAAGCAAAGAGAAGCUUAUUGGUUCUUCUGCAUUAUUCUUUCAUCAAGGAGAUUACCACUCUCGCAUUAGGAAACUUGUUCAAACAUCUCUUUCCCCUGAAUCUAUCAAGAAGUUGAUCCCUCUUAUUCAAUCCCAUGUCAUUUCCUCCUUGGAAUCAUGGGCCUCUAUUGGACAUGUCAUCAACUCUUUCCAUGAAAUGAAAAAGUUUUCUUUCAAUAUUGGCAUCCUCUCUGUCUUUGGUAACUUGGAAGGCAAUUAUAGAGAACAGCUUAAGGAUAAUUACUGCAUAGUAGAGAAAGGUUACAAUUCUUUCCCAAAUAGGAUACCAGGAACUGCAUACUCCAAAGCACUUUUGGCAAGACAGAGAAUCCAAGAGAUAAUAAGUGAGAUAAUUUGCAAGAAAAAGGAGCAGAGGUUAAUUGAGAAGAAUCUAUUAGGCCAGUUGCUAAAGUAUAAGGAUGAAAAAGGACAAACGCUAACAGAUGAGGAAAUCGCUGAUAAUGUAAUUGGAGUACUAUUUGCAGCUCAAGAUACUACUGCAAGUGUUCUGACUUGGAUUCUCAAGUUUCUUCAUGAUGACCAGAAACUUCUUGAAGCAAUAAAAACAGAGCAAAUGGCAAUAUAUGAAGCUAAUGAAGGAGGGAAGAUUCCAUUGAGUUGGGGUCAAACCAGAAAUAUGCCUAUUACUCAUAGGGUAAUAUUGGAAAGCCUGAGGAUGGCAAGCAUAAUCUCAUUUACUUUUAGGGAAGCUGUGGUUGAUGUAGUAUACAAGGGAUAUUUAAUACCAAAGGGUUGGAAAGUGAUGCCACUGUUCAGAAACAUCCAUCAUAAUCCAGAAUUCUACCCUGCUCCACACAAUUUUGACCCAUCAAGGUUUGAGGUUGCUCCAAAGCCCAAUACUUUUAUGCCAUUUGGCAAUGGAGUGCACUCUUGUCCAGGAAAUGAGCUUGCCAAAUUGAACAUGUUGAUUUUAAUUCACCAUCUUGUAACCAAAUUUAGGUGGGAGGUAGUAGGAUAUGAAAACGGAGUUGAAUAUAGCCCAUUCCCAAUCCCAACGCAUGGUCUACCAGCAAGAUUUUGGAGAGAUGAAUCAAUAAACUGAAGGAAGAUUAGUUGACCUAAAUUUUCCUUUAUUAAUUCAUGUACUAGUCAUUUUAGAUAAUUAAUUAAUGUAUGCCACCCUAACCUUUAUAUUCCUCCUUAACCCAACCCAACCUCCACUUUUAUGCAGAGUAGUUUCUCUUUUCAAGUAACAUCAUACCUAUGCUAUUGAUUAAUCUGAACUUGCAAGGGAUUAGUGAUAGUAAUUUAUAUUUAAAUAGUCAUUGUUAUUUCUCUUUGUUAAUUUUGAAGUUCAAUGUAAUAUUAAUAAUUAUUGUAUUAACA